CAUCAACUUUAAACCCCAUCUCUCUUCUCAUUCUCUUCAGUCUUCAUCACGCAGAACACACAGCCUCCUCUCACGCUCAGCCUCUCUCGGUGUGCAUCGGCGUUUGAGUCCGUGGGGUUCUGAUUGUGUUGGUGCUAAAAGGUAUAUUUAAUCGCUAUGCCUUCAAUGGCGCAAGGAGGUCUCAGAAACUUUACGGAAAACCCUAACCAACUCAACCGCAAGUUCCCCAACCACGAAGCUAAAGUUGACCCCUUUUCCAGGAAGCAAAAGAUUGCACAACAUAGAAAGUCUCUUCCAAUCGCUUCGGUUGAGAAAAGGCUAGUUGAUGAGGUGAGAAAGAAUGAUACUGUGAUUAUUGUUGGUGAAACUGGAAGUGGAAAAACUACCCAGUUGCCACAGUUUCUAUUUAAUGCGGGAUUUUGUCGGGAUGGGAGGACUAUUGGGAUUACUCAACCUAGACGUGUUGCUGCUGUGACCGUCGCCAAACGGGUUGCUGAGGAAUGUGAUGUGCAGUUGGGGCAAAGAGUUGGCUACUCCAUUAGAUUUGAUGAUACGACUUCUGGCUCGACUAGGAUCAAAUACAUGACAGAUGGGUUGCUAUUGAGGGAAGCAUUAUUGGAUCCAUAUCUCUCUAAGUAUUCGGUGAUUAUUGUUGAUGAAGCCCAUGAGAGGACAGUCCAUACUGAUGUUUUGCUGGGCUUGCUUAAAAAUGUGCAAAAAGCAAGGUCAAAAACUUCCAAUGACCGCCUUAAUAUUGAAAACAAGAGGACAAAUGAUCGCACUUUGCUGGAUAAAGAUAAUGAAGAUCAGGCCAUUAGUUUUCUCAAGCAGUGCCAAGGCAGCAAAUUCCCUCCAUUAAAGUUAGUCAUCAUGUCUGCCAGCUUGGAUGCACGUGGUUUCUCUGAGUACUUUGGUGGUGCAAAAGCUGUUCAUAUCCAGGGUCGACAAUUUCCUGUGGAUAUUUUUUACACUCAUUAUGCUGAGCCAGAUUAUUUAGAUGCAGCCUUAAUCACCAUAUUCCAGAUUCAUCUGGAGGAGGGCCCUGGUGACAUACUUGUAUUUUUGACUGGGCAAGAAGAGAUUGAAUCUGUUGAAAGGCUUAUCAAGGAACGACUUCAACAAUUACCUGAAGGAAGACAAAAGUUGUUAACUGCUCCCAUAUUUUCAGCUCUUCCAUCAGAAAAGCAGAUGCGAGUUUUUGCACCAGCUCCAACCGGUUUUCGUAAGGUAAUAUUAGCAACAAACAUUGCUGAGACAUCAGUUACUAUACCUGGAAUCAAGUAUGUUAUAGAUCCUGGAUUUGUAAAAGCACGCUCCUAUGAUCCGCUCAAAGGGAUGGAAUCUUUGAUCAUUGUUCCAACGUCUAAAUCUCAAGCUCUUCAAAGGAGUGGACGUGCAGGGCGUGAAGGACCUGGAAAGUGCUUUCGUCUCUACCCUGAGGGUGAAUUUGAGAAACUUGAGGAUUCAACAAAGCCUGAGAUCAAGCGGUGCAACCUCUCUAAUGUCAUUUUGCAGCUCAAGGCUCUGGGUGUCGAUGAUAUUCUUGGGUUUGACUUCAUGGAGAAACCAUCAAGGGCAUCUAUUGUCAAAUCACUGGAGCAGUUGUACUUGCUAGGUGCUUUAACAGAUGAGUGUAAGCUGUCAAAUCCAGUUGGCCAUCAAAUGGCUCGGCUACCAUUAGACCCUAUUUAUGCCAAAGCUCUUAUCCUGGCUAGUCAGUUCAACUGCUUGGAAGAAAUGUUGAUUACUGUUGCCAUGCUUUCCGUGGAAUCUAUUUUUUACACUCCUCGUGAGAAGUUAGAAGAGGCAAGAACUGCAACGAAAUGCUUUUCAAGUCCGGAUGGAGACCACCUUACUAUGAUUAAUGUAUAUCGUGCAUCAAAUGAGUUCUUAGAGAAGAAAACGGUAGGGCUUAGCAAGGAGAAGAGUGAAAAAAUUCUGAGGAAGUGGUGUAAGGAUAAUUUUAUCAACAGUCGUUCUCUGAGGCAUGCUCGUGAUAUUCACGGGUCAGUUUACUAUUAUCCUUGUCAGGUGCUUUGUUGUAGUCAAAUUCAAGGGCAUGUUGAACAAAUGGGUCUUUGUGUGGCUUCUUGUGGAGAUGACAUGCUUCAGUUCCGCAGAUGCCUUGCUGCUUCCUUUUUCAUCAAUGCAGCUUUGAAGCAGCCUGAGGGAACAUACAGGGCUUUGGCAAGCGGUCAGGUGGUGCAGAUCCACCCUUCAUCUGUGUUAUUCCAGGCUAAACCAGAGUGUAUUAUUUUCAAUGAACUAGUCCAAACUAAUCAUAAAUACAUCCGCAACAUAACUAGAAUCGAUUACUUGUGGUUAUCUGAGCUGGCUCCUCAGUAUUAUUGCAUGCAGAAUUAAAUCAUGGUGUAAAUACUAACAGGGGAAAAGAGAUUAGAGAAUUGGCAUUCUGUAGCGGAUAUUAUUCAUUUUUCAGAGAAGUGGCUGUAUUUUGAUGAAUCUCCCUAGAAGGUUGAAAUCGAUGGUUCCUGGAUCAUUUGCUUGACAAUGACUUUUCAAUCUCGUCCAGCCACUAGUUUCUGGCUGCUGUUUCAUGCUAUUCACAAUGAGGAGCUUCUUUACCCUUGGUUCUCAUUCAUCUAUGGACAUUGUGACCAAUGUGACGGAAGGAUUUUUACUGUGGCUUUUGUAUCAUAAGUUGUAAAAGCAAUCAUGCUUUUACUUAUAGCCUAUAGGCAUCUAAGCAGACUGAAUAAGUUGCAGCUUUUUGAGUGCCUUUUACUUGCUUUGACAUACGUACAUGUUUCAGUUUAGAACACGACUACAGUUGAUCCAGAUGGGAUUGUGGCAGCCUUGAGCAUUGUGUGAGUAACUGAGUCAUCCAGCCAGAAUGAUUUGAAAGAUAGCAGGAAUGAAGUUCAGUUUGCCCUUGUAUCAUUUAAUUUUGUUUUAGGAAUACAGACAUUGCUCUUGAAUGUUGAUGAUGCUGUAUGUAAAUUUAUAGCAAUUUUAUAAACUUAUUGGCCUCCUUAUCUUUGUAGAACCUCAAGUCUACUCAAAUUAUAAAGGAUCACCUUUGAUGAAUCAA